AUGUCAUUAUCGCUUAUUUUGCUAAUCAAUUCUUAUCUACAGAAUCCUCAAGAUCUGGAAAAUUUUGGUCAAGUACUUUAUUUUCCUAAUAUUACUGUUGAUGGAAAAACUUACGGUUACUUUAGUCAUUUAUACUUUCCAUAUCUUAUGCAAGUAGCUUAUCGUUCACCGCUUGUUGCUGUACAAUUUGCAAGUCCUAAACGUCAUGUCCUUUUAAUGGUACGCUGUGAAUUAUUUAAUGUACGUAAUCCUGGUGAUCCAAUGGAUUUUGAAAUUUUAGUAGAUUGA